CCUCCUGAAUCCUGAUGGCGGCCCAGGCCAGGAGGAAGAACUGAGUGCGAUUGUAGACCUGCCUCCUGAAAUGAAUGGAUCGGAAGGAGAAUCUGCUUUGCACGGUCAGGAACAGUGCCGGUUUCCAAAAGCCUGCGGAGAAGCCAUUGACGAUUGUUCCUUCUCCGCAGGCAUUGGUUGUACGAUCCUGACAUUCGAUCGGAGCCGCGUUCAAGCUUUGUGUCACCUUCCUUUGCCAUUUGUGCGACAAAGGGGCUUCUAUUAA